AUGGCAAUAUCGUCUGAUAUGAGCAUCCAGAAUCUUCAUGGCCUCUGGUUGAUGGACAAAGACCUUUCAGAUGAUCCGAGUGCGAUACUGAAGUUGCCAUCGCAACCGCAAACCCAACACUACAAUUCACCUCGACCGAAACCAAAUUUCCCGGACCCUUCCGAGCUGUUUACCACGCACCUAGUCAUAGCCCAAACGAUAACAGGAGGCAUCCCCGGCUCAACGGAAAACCGAACCCUGGACUGGACCGAGAAGCUUCACAGCGAUUUUAUCUUUGGUGAAUGUAUCGACCGCAGCAGACUGAUUGAUGGCGUCCAAGAUGUGGAUGGGAUGUUGCGGCCGGAUUUACACUUGCAAUCGGAGGUAAAGGAGGGAUCUGAUGCUGAUAGAGAGCGUGUGGUUGGGUUCUUGAGGGGUGGGGCUGGAACGGGGCCAAAGGAUACUAGUGGCGGUAGGGAAGAGAAGUUGUAUAUGCAUGAUUUUGUGCGGAAUGAGGAAUUAGGAUGGACUGCUGAGCAGGCCUGGGGCUUUGAAGUCAUCAAUAGAAAUCGGUAUCUGACCCGUCGCGUUGUGGUGGUUAAAGAAAAGACAUAUGAGAUGGCUCGUCUCGUCCAUAGACAUAUUGUUUAAGCUCGGAGCUCUGCA